GUCUUUCUAAUCAAAGCAGCAGUUUUUCUUAAUGGAGACGAUCCUGAUAUAUUCGUAAUGGCGAGUUUUAUUACUAUUUGCAUGAGCGGUAUUUAUAUUCUCAAUGGAAGAUCCAAUGACAACAUUACCGUAGCAUAGAUAUUCAUCUUUUGAAGAUGUAUAUAUUUUCAGAGAAGCAAAGUAAUCAUAGUCGGCAGUUGAAGAAAAGGAAGGUUGGGCCGUUUUGGGAUAUACUAUGGGGCUCGUUUUGAAGUCCCUUAGUUUCUUUUGAAAACAACAACUUAAAUUGAUGGACAUGUCAGCCUUUCGCUGACAAAAUUCUCAUUUGAUUUCUCGGUUAUUGAAUGCAGAUGUAUCCGGAAACGAGAUACAUCUAGAGAUGGGAUGUAAGAACAACGUAACACGUUCUCGUUCUUUUCGUCUUGUGUCUUGCUAUUGUAGAUUUCUUUCGUUCUAACGUUUGGUAUAUAGCAAGACGCACACUCUUACGAAAAGAAAGCGAUAAGACAAGACUUAUACUUAUAUACGUUUCAUAUUUUUUUUUCUUUUUCUUUCGUGUGUCGUAAGACGUAUAUCAAAACAAAACGUAAGUUUUGUAAGGUACGGGUAACGGAAUCCAAGAAAUACCUCACUUAAUAAUUUUUGUUAAUGAUUAAUAAUUGGUUAUAAGCGAAUGGUGAAAGAUGUCUAGAAAGAUGUCGCGAUUGUACGAUGGUAUACAUAUAUAGGGCGCCACGAUCAACGCGAAAAGUGGGUAUAGGUACAUGGCGCCAUUGCCACUCACCUAUAGCGCCAUCUACUGCUGGUACGUCUUCAAGUUGAUUGUGGCACCCGCUAUACGUAUCCCCUCGUACAAUGGUGACAUGUUUCGAGCUUCUUAUCAUUAUCAUUUAGUCACAAAUUGUGUAAGUUUCGUAAGUUUGUCUUGUCACUUACACAGUUUUUGUGAAAGCGUCUGACAGUUACACGAUAUAUGUAGGUGUGAAAAGGAAAGAAAAAUGACUUGCCACAAGAUAUUUUCUUUCGCGUUCUGUCUUGCGUCUAUAUAUGAGAGGAGAGAAAAGAAAAGGCGUCAGCGGUCACCGUAUAUAGCGUACGUUAGUGAACUGUUACGAACACCGUCCCAUCUCUAAUCUGGAAGGUCGUGCUACGCGUGAACCGUGUGAGGUGACAGUCUCAAGUUCGAAAGAAUGUGUCAGUCAGAUGUAGCGCUACAUCAUGCACAUAUAAAGCUAGCAGGUCACCUUGAGUAGAUUCACGAACACGCAUUAUCAUCUUUAUGUUGUAUCUUUUCUCUGUUUUGUACUGCUUAACUAUAUGCUAUUCGAUAGAGCGUAAAACGCUGAAUAACAUGUGAUAUUUCCUAAUUAUCAAAUGUUAGCUUACUAUUGUGAGAAAGUUGAAUUACAUGAAAAAGUGAAACGUUUUGACUAAAACUCGAUCUCCGACACCUUAACUUCAUCAUACUAAAUAUCUGAGUAGUCUUUCUUAUGUAACUUUAUUUGUUACAUCACAAUUAACAAGUUCAAUAUCGGUACCGUCGCUAUCACAUGAAUGUUUUAAGUUUUGAGGUUUGACACUCGUAUUAUCUAGAGUCAAGCCACGAAUCUAUUAUAAUUAUAGUACUAAAAUUAGUUUGAUUAGAAUAGCUCAUUCUCACCCUCAUCCCCUCAAGACACAGGCCGAAAAGUGUACAGGAUGAUCUAUUUAAUAUGUACAAAUAGUUCGAACACUACGGUUACCAUGGACCAAAAAUGACCUGAAAAGUGGGCUAAAGCUAACAAAACUGAAUACAUUUGAAUCGUGGUUGAAAAAACAGGAUGGACAGGAUCAAAUUGAGCUUGACUGCAACUUUAUUAAAACGAAGUAAUAAGUCAAAAAUAAUCGUAGAAAAGUUAUUCAUGCAUUGCUGGAUAGCCAAUGGACUGUUGUUAUGGUCUGACGAAAAAAGCUUUUUUAAGACACUAAUUUAUAAUCAAUCAAUGCUAAUGAAUUCUAAUCGAUAUCACUCCGAUGCCUUACACUUUUAUUUGCAAAUUAACGGUUUAUUGGGAAUUGUGAAGUAAUAAGUCAUUUGACAGAGAUUUCUUUGGCCAGAUAGUUUCAACGUUUGCAUCCUAUCUUAAUCCAACAUCGUCAGAUUUAAAUAAUGAAGAGUUAAGUGUAACACAAAAUAUCGCAUCAAAACGAAUGAAUCGUUUUCGUUAUUCUACGUAAGCUUCUCCUGAUUUUUUAUUUACUUAUUGAAAUGUUCGCUCGUGUGUUUGUUUUCUCGCAGAUCUCGCUACAGUGAAGGUAUCAUUUCAACAGCAUCACCAUUGAUUAUAUUUGAACAUGCGGCUCACAAAAUACUCUAUGCCAUAUUAGGUAAACUUAUUAUUUGUCAUCAUCUAUCAUUUUUUGAAAAUAAAUUAAAUCAAAUUAAUUAAAUUGAAUUGAAACAUUUGAAUUAAUACACUGUAGGACUUGCAGUCAUACUACUGUUCGUCUCCACUUUUGGUCAGUUAUUUUUAUCUAUAACUUCCAAACGACAAACAAAUCGUAUUCGUAUUAAAUUAUACAAAUUUCUCUUAACAAGAGUAAGAUUUAAUCCUAUAUAUAUGGAUUCAUUCUUUAGGAUAUCUCUUAUUUCUUUUUUAGGAUAUUUCUUAUUACGAUACGCACAAAGCAGGUGAAAUGAGUUCAAAGUUAUCAACGUAUGUUCCCUCUAUUAGAUAAAAAUAAUCUGUCGUCGGUAAUUCUUAUAAUUUGGAGAAAUAUCGAUAAAAUUCACGAUGGUAUAAGCUUCAAAUUAUAUUCUCUUAUGGUAAUGUUUUGCUCCUGUAUCUGUACCAUUAUAUAGCUUUUAUUAUAAAUUGGAAAUUAACAUUAAUUAUGCUAGUGAUAUUACCGUUAUUUAUAGUGAAUGGGUUAAUAUUUGUAAAAGUAUGGGAUGCCUGUUUUUAAAUAAAAGCAUUCAUAUUGUUGUCUUGUAUUAUUACUCAUUGUUUUCUGUUAGUUAACGGCAUUAAUGACAAUGAAUGAAUUACAACCAUAUUCAAAAUCUGGCGCAAUAGUACAAGAAGUAUUUAGUUCAAUCCGAACUGUUUUUGCUUAUAAUAGUUCAGAAUACGAGCAACUACGCUAUAAUAAAUAUUUGGAUUCAUGCAAACAUGAAAGUAAAAGAAAAGGCAUUCUAUUUGGAUGCUAUAUGGCUCAAAAUAUUCAUUCUUUGUCCGAAGCAAGUGGAGCAGCUACUGAAAUUUGGCAGAUUCUUGACGAUGAGGUAUAG